AUGACGUUCUCGAUCUCCCCUCCGUAUAAGGAAACGCUUGGCGAGCACCAGCCAGAGCAACGACCGACGCCUGAAGACCCUUCUCCUUCUCCCUCUCUUCCUCGUUUCGUUCAUCCGAGGCAUGGAUCUAUCUCUUCCCGUACUAGUGAGGUGAGCACCACUCCGGUCUCUGAUAGAAAGCCUAGUCCUGCCAUGCUGGAGCUUACUGGUGUUUCGACCAUGCUCAGGAUCGUUCUCUCGAAUCAGGAAAACAUUAUGUCACGUCUAUCGCAGCUCGAGUCAGGGGUAAGCCGUAUCGAAACCAUAUUAUACGAUGACAGGGGAAGAACGGCAGUGAGGAUCCCGAGUUCCGCGUCCUUGCUACCCACGGUUAGGCCAUCUGCCCCAGCAUCGGUUUGCCACGUUCCCUGCAAGUUUGAAGACUCGAUCGACAGCGCAUCCACGACCUCUAUGUUCAGUUGUACGUCGGAUGAAAACCUUAUAAGGAUCAGGGAGAACGCACAGUUAUUCUCGGCUAUAAUUCUCGGUCUGACUGCUUGGGUACGUGAUCGCCUCGAGACCAUGACGGGAAGAAUCUUCGACGCAGGCCUAAAGGGGAGGUUCAACGACUUCACGAAGGUUAUCAGCAACGUUGCCAAAGACGGGACCCUGAAGAAGGUUGAUGGAUCAUCGCUGAAGACUCUCCGGGACUACCAAUCUCGAUCGGAUAUAUUCAGGUCGUUAUGUGACUUUAUAGCACUGUUGAAGAUGAUGCCCGAGUGUUUGCCUCCGCCUGGGUCUGACAUCGUCUCUGCAAUAGGGGAGGGCUUGAUUGAUGACGGGGGUAAUCUGCUGAUCGAUCUCAGCAAGCUGGUGAUUCGGCCCAGAAGCAAAGACGAGCUGGUUUUCGAUAGCUUAUCCUCCAACGCAAUACCCAUAUACGUGAAGUUCAGGAUGGAGGGGAGAGGCUGUAAUGAAUCCAAGGCUCUGGCUAUCGAUGAGUAUGCGGCCAAAUGCGGGAAGACUGCGCGCAGGAACAGGUUGGCGAAUAGCUCGAGGACGGACUUCGCUGCAAAGGCUGCCGAUGACAUCUCCGACCAGUUCGUGGACUUUGGCCUUUAA